AUGGAAGAUCCAUUCUCUGAAUAUAAUCAGUCAGCAGAAGACGAAUACAUAGACAUAGAUUUAAGGUCCCCUGCAAUCUUCUGCUGCAGCAUUUCUUCUCCUGACCACACACAGGAAACCACAAUCUCCACAGCUGAUGAGCUCUUUUGCAGUGAAAAUCUUCUUCCUCUUCGUCUUCCUCAUUGCAUGCAGAAGGAGAAAAAGCUCCAAAGGGGUUCAGAAACUGUGUCAAAAGAUAGUCAGCUCCACGUUGCUUCGAUCGAGUCGGAACAUGAAAAAUCAUGGUCGAAGAAGCUGAAGGGCAUUGGGCAAUCUUUGCUCAAGUUAAAGAUAUCAAAAGCUUAUUUCAGCAAAUCGAUUUCCUCUGUUAAAUCAAGGAAUCUUGCAAGCAAAUCUGUGCCUGCACUUUCGCUGAGUUCAGUUUCUUCAUCUUCAUUUUCAUGUGUGAGCCGAAGCUCACAUAUGCUAAAGAGAAGUAGCAGCAUGAGCUCAGAGAUGGAGAGUUCUGUAAUGGGAGCUAUAGCUUACUGUAAGAAAACACAGCAGAUUUGUGGAAGGAAGGGAGAGUGCAGGUAA